ACGAAACCCCUCCUACUAAAAUGGGGAAAAGCUUCCAUCUUCUUCCUGCUGCCCUCUGUAAGUCUCAAAGCACCUCCUCUGUUCCAAUCUGCAAGAGGAGUUGUCAAUCUUUAGCUCCCAGGCUUGGCUCCGAAAACGAACCCACGAACCCUGAAGACCAAGAACGCCAAGAACAAGUCCGGAAACUCCGAGUACUUAUCCAGCAGGGUCGAUCCGAGACUGCUCAAAGACUCAUCAAAUCCCUCAUUCUUUCCAAAUCACCAUUCUCUUCAUCCUCUGAACUCUACAGUCUCUAUUCUCUCUCUUCACCUUCCACUAAACCCACUUUCACAAGCCUAUUCUUAUCUGUCUGUGCUGACUCAAAGCUCCCCAAUGAAGCCGAAGAGGUCUACAUGCUUAUCAGAAAAGAUGGUAAAUUUCCUAGUCUCUCUGCUUUCAAUCUUUUUCUGGAAUCUUUGGUAUCUACAAGGCAAUAUAGUAAAACCCUUGAAUUAUUUUCGAAUGCUGUCGAUUCUGGUAUUCGGGUUGAUAAGUUCAGCUACGGCAAAGCUAUACAGUCGGCAGUGAAGUUGGGGGAUUUGAGAAGGGGUUUGGAUUUGAUGAAUUGUAUGAGAAAAUGUGGACUGUGGCCUAAUGGAUUCGUUUACAACGUGUUGAUAAGUGGAUUGUGCAAAGAGAAGAGAAUCCAGGAUGCAAGAAAGCUGUUUGAUGAAAUGAUUGAAAGAAAAGUGUUUGCUAAUCGGGUUACCUAUAAUACCCUAAUUGAUGGGUAUUGCAAAGUUGGGAAUUUGGAAGAGGCAUUUAGCGUGAUAGAGUGUAUGAAAAUGGGCAAUGUGGAGCCAAAUUUGGUUACCUUUAAUUCGUUGCUUAGUGGGCUAUGCCGGGCGAAAAGGAUGGAGGAAGCUAAUAAAAUGUUGAAGGAGAUGGAGGCUUAUGGGUUUCUUCCUGAUGGGUUUACGUACAGUAUACUUUUUGAUGGGCAUUUGAGAUGUGGUAAUGGGGAGGGUAUGUUGGCAUUGUAUGAAGAGGCAGUUAAUAAAGGGGUGACAAUUAAUGAGUAUACUUGUAGUAUUUUGUUGAAUGUUUUGUGCAAGGAAGGGAAGAUGGAUAAGGUUGAGGAGGUUUUGAAGAAGUUGAUGGAAAAUGGGCUUGCUCCAACAGAGGUGAUAUUUAAUACUGUUGUGAAUGGGUAUUGCUGGUUGGGUAACAUGGGGAAGGCAAUUUCAACCAUUGAAGAAAUGAAAAAUCUUGGGGUGAAGCCGAGCUGCAUUACAUUCAAUACAGUGAUAAAUAAGUACUGUGAAUUGGGUAAUGUUGUUGAGGCAGAGGAAUGGGUAAAGAAGAUGGCAGAAAAGGGAGCAGCCCCCAAUGUGCAGACUUAUAACACUCUAAUUAAUAGCUAUGGACAGAGAUGCCAGUUUGGGAGGUGCUUUGAGAUUCUUGAGGAAAUAGAGAAUAAUGGGUUGAGGCCCAAUGUUGUAAGCUAUGGCUCUCUGAUAAAUUGUUUAUGCAAGGAUGGUAGGCUGCUUGAAGCUGAAGUACUUCUCAGAAGUAUGGAAGAUAGAGGGGUUUCAGUGAAUGCACAAAUAUAUAACAUGCUCAUUGAUGGUCAUUGCACUGGAGGAAACAUGAAAGAUGCCACCAGAUUUUUUGAAGAGAUGUUAAGAAAUGAUAUAAUUCCAACACUUGUGACAUAUAAUUCACUAGUUAACGGGCUUUGCAAAAAGGGUAAAGUAACAGAAGCUGAAGAAAUGGCUCUUCAGAUUACAAGUAAAGGUUUAAAGCCAGAUGUGAUCACAUACAAUACCCUAAUCUCAGGGUAUUCUAAUACAGGAAACACCCAGAAGUGUUUGGAGUUAUAUGAUGACUUGAAAAGGUUAGGCAUUAAGCCUACCUUAAACACAUUUCAUCCUUUAAUUAGUCAAUGCUGCAAGGAUGGGUUUGUGCUUUUAGAGAAAAUAUUUCAAGAAAUGUUGCAGAUGAACCUUACUCCCGAUCGAGUUGUGUACAAUGAACUCAUUUGUUGUUAUGCAGAGCAUGGAGAUGUCAAAAAAGCAUUUGUCUUGCACCAUGAGAUGUUGAAUCAGGGGAUUCACCCUGACAAAAUGACUUAUAAUGGCUUGAUUAUGGGGUGCUUUAAGGAGGGGAAGUUCCAGGAAGCAAAGAAUCUUGUCGAUGAUAUGAAGGCUAGAGGAGUGGUUCCUAAGGGGGAUACUUAUAGUGUAUUGAUCAAGGGAUAUUGCAAGCUUAAGGAUUUUUGUGGGGCAUAUGUUUGGUACAGACAAAUGUUUGAGAAUGGUUUUCUUCCUAGUUACAGUAUUUGUAAUGAGCUUACCUCUGGCCUUAGAGAGGAAGGAAAGUUGGAAGAGGCCACGAUUAUCUGCUCUGAAAUGAGUGUUAAAGGACUUGGGGAUUGGAGCAUAAGUGAGGAUCUUGCUACUGUUGCCAAAAUGUAAUGGAAAGACAAUAUACUCAGUCCAGCUGUCAGAAUCAUAAUUUUUUGCCAGAGACAGUCAUAGGGACUGCUGGAGUGUGGAAAAUUGCUGCAAUUGACGGGGCUGGAGGAUGGAAGAAUCGGAUAACAGUGGAGGAUAUGGAUUUGGCUGUUUGAGCUGAUCUCAAAGGUUCAGAAAAGAGGGGCCUUUGGAGUAGUCUUUAGAGACAGUGAAGGAAUCUUAAUACUGGGA